AUGGCCUCCACUCUCUCCUUCAAGAUCUACAAAAAUGCCCUGUUGUUGGCCGCCUUUCUCGGGGCUGCACACGCACAGCAGGUGGGCACCAACCAAGCUGAGGUUCAUCCGUCCUUGACUUGGCAAAAGUGCACUGCUGGAGGCAGCUGCACUUCCCAAAGUGGCAAGGUUGUCGUCGACGCCAACUGGCGCUGGGUACACAACACUGCGGGCUACACCAAUUGCUAUACUGGCAAUCAGUGGGAUAAAUCUAUCUGCCCAGACGAUGUUACUUGUGCCACCAACUGCGCCCUUGAAGGUGCCGAUUACUCGGGCACUUAUGGUGUUACCGCCAGCGGCAGCUCUUUGCGACUGAACUUCGUCACCCAGGCAUCUCAGAAGAACAUUGGCUCGCGUCUCUACCUGAUGGCAGAUGAUAGCAAGUACGAAAUGUUCCAGCUGCUCAAUCAGGAGUUUACCUUCGAUGUCGACGUCUCGAACCUUCCCUGCGGGUUGAACGGCGCGCUCUAUUUCGUGGCCAUGGACGAAGAUGGUGGCAUGGCACGAUAUCCUGCAAACAAAGCCGGUGCUAAGUACGGUACCGGUUACUGUGAUGCUCAAUGCCCGCGUGACCUCAAAUUCAUUAACGGUCAGGCUAAUGCAGAAGGUUGGGUGCCAUCUGCCAACGAUGUCAACGCUGGUACUGGCAAUUAUGGCUCUUGCUGUGCUGAGAUGGAUAUCUGGGAGGCCAAUUCAAUCUCCACCGCAGUCACACCCCAUCCUUGUGAUGACCCAGCCCAGACUAGGUGCAGCGGAGAUACCUGUGGCGGCACAUACAGCAGUGAACGCUAUAGUGGUACUUGUGACCCUGAUGGAUGUGACUUCAACCCGUAUCGCAUGGGUAACCAGUCUUUCUUCGGCCCGAGCAAGAUCGUUGAUACCACAUCCCCCUUCACAGUGGUCACUCAAUUUAUCACCAAUGACGGUACAUCUACUGGCACUCUCUCGGAAAUCAAGCGCUUCUACGUGCAGAAUGGCAAGGUUAUUCCCCAAUCUGUAUCUACCGUCAGCGCUGUUACUGGCAACUCUAUCACGGACUCCUUCUGCUCUGCUCAGAAGUCCGCAUUCAAGGACACGGACGUAUUUACUCAGCAUGGCGGUAUGGCCGGUAUGGGGGCUGGUCUUGCGGAAGGCAUGGUUCUGGUCAUGAGUCUCUGGGAUGACCACUCAGCAAACAUGCUGUGGCUUGACAGCACUUACCCAACCUCCGCCUCUUCGACUACUCCCGGUGCUGCUCGCGGUAGCUGCGACAUUUCCUCUGGCGACCCUGUCGAUGUUGAAGCUAACCACGCGAACGCUUAUGUUGUCUACUCCAACAUCAAGGUCGGUCCUCUCGGCUCGACUUUCAGCUCGACCAACCCAGGCUCCAGCUCCAGCACCACCACGGCGACAACCAGAACUACCUCCACUACCACUAGUAAGACAACCACCACCACCGCUACUACUACGACUGGAGCAACCACCGGCGCUGCUCACUAUGCGCAGUGUGGUGGAGUUAACUGGACCGGCCCAACCACCUGUGUCAGCCCGUACACCUGCCAGAAGCAGAGUGAUUAUUACUCACAGUGCUUGUAG